CUCAAACAUCUUUUUGGAUUCCUUACGGCUUUUCCCUUCAGAAAGGAACGGGUUUCGAUGAGGGAGGAAGAGGAGCGGCUGUAACUUGUUUUAUUCCCUUGCUUUAAAGAUGUUAAAUAUAUGUCGUCCAGUUGUCUGUUGUUGGUUGGGUUGGGCUGCAGGUUUCAGACACAACUAUUUAAAUUAGUUUCAGGUAUGUCUCCUGUUCCUCGACUGAAUGCAAGUUAGAUAGAAACUGUGCGUCUACACUCUCAGACUUCCUCUCCGGCCUGUGAGGGUCACGGCUGUGUGUGAUGGAGGGCUGAAGGGUCAGGCCGGGUCAUUGUGCCCUGGUCGUGGCUGAGCGACGCCACCGCCUGCCUUCUGUUCACCCCAGGGACCCCUGCGUGACUGACAGCCCCUCCUGCACCCAUCACCGCAUCCUUUAUUGGGGGCCACAGAGGGCAGCAGCAUUCCCCUCUGGAGCUGGUUAUGCUGCUCCGACGUCUCCCUGCUGCGGCGCGGUCCUCGCGUCCGGUUCACACGACUUCUGUGGCGCCGCGAUGAGCUGCAACCAGAACGGUGCUGCUGGGAGUGAGCGAGGGGGAAGUCAGUGGUGGUGGUGUUUCUGUCAACUUCCCACCACCAGUUCCUGCAACACGGCUGUGAUGGGAGCGCCUUGAGGUGGACAAGAGACUCAUCAUGUUGGGUUGAAUCCAUUCUUUAUCUGUGAUGGUCCAGAUAUCUGGUAUCUGCUCGGCUUUAAUUGGCAGGAUUGUUGCUUUUCUUGUUAAAACUCAUUGAGUGGCAGAAAUAACUCUGGAAUAUUUGGAAACGUCCUUGGUGUUAUGAAGAUUAAAAUAACAAGUCGAGGACGUACAGCGUGGUCCACGUCUGUCUUCCCCCUUGACUGAAUAAGCUCACGGCCAAACUGUCGGCCAAUCAGACGGUCAGACGGGCGCACGGCGACUUCAUGGAGCAUCGUUGAAGGAUUGAGCCACUGAGGAUUGUCUGGAUACGACAAAACUACCAACAUCUGUGCUUCAGAACUCUCGACAAAACAUAAUCCGAUCUAAAUAAUAUGACAACAAAUGCCAGUUAAACAUGAUGUAGCUGCAGCUCCAUUAAUUAUUUUACCAACUUGUCAAAUCUCCUGUCGAUGAAGCAAUAAGAGGAUUAUGAACACAACCUCGACCUGUUCUGACCUUUUCAUUGGAUGUGACAAAGUGGUUGGCAGAUGGUUAUUAUGGCGACAUCGAGCGUUUCAUUUGGAGUCUCGUUUCUGAUGAAGAGUCCAAAACACUCUGACCUCUGGUUUGGGUCUCCUGCUCUUCUUCUGUCCCGUCAGUGUACCUGUGACCUUUUCCACACGUCAUGUGAUGUAUUAUUAUUCUAUUCUUUCAGGAGCUCUCGGACCUCGUCUUUAAUACGUUACCAGGAGUGUCUGCAAAGCGCUGGUCUCAGCACAACCUGACCGUUGUUGUGUCCGGUGGCCCGAGGCAGUCCGUGUUAUCUAAUCGGGGAAACGUCUGACUCUCAGUGAGCAGAGGAGCCGGGAGGAUGGUGUUUAAUUCUGAUGUCUGAUGAAUAGUCUGCAUGAAAGGCGUGAGACGAUCUCCUGCAGUGAUCCAUCCAGUCGUGGUCACAAUAUGACCGUUCAGGACUGUUGGACAUGUGACUGAUCACCAAUGUAAAGACAGUUAAUACCCUCCCUCUCUAUUUGGGCCUGUAAUCUUUUGUAUUCCUCAUGUAGAUACAGUUGUUGUUGAUGGCUGUGAUUCAAAGUCCUCUGAGGUGUCAUGAGGAAGACGCUUUCGGGUAAAGGUUGGAGACCACCGCCUGAACGUGGCCAUAUGUUGAGUUGGUUUCGGCGAGCUCGCUGCUAUGAGCCGCUUCUGACCCCGAGUGUUGGAGGAGAAGUGCAGCAGCUCUUUCUGGUGUUCAUGUGGACAUGUUGGACCCCCUGUGGAGCGUGUGCUCUCGGACCGCUGGAUGCCGUUCAACUGAAUUAUUGACAGUUAUGCGCGUGUGAGAGCAGUGGUCAUGACUCGUGAUGACUCGAGUGGCGGGUGGCUCCCCCUGGGGGGCGGCGGCCUGAGCUGCGUCACCGUCUAUAAGGUCAGCCGGGCGGAGGACGGCGGCAGCAGCCACAGCGGAGGCAGCGGGGGGAGCAGCAGCAGCCCCGCCCCCUGUAGCUCCACCCACAGCCCCGCCCCCAGCCCCACCCCCAGCCCCACCGCUGUGGAAUUUCACAUCAAGGGCGAGAGGCUCAAAGACAAACUGGUGGUGCUGGAGUGUGUCCUGCAGAAAGGCCUCGUCUACAACAAGGUCAACCCCAUCUUCCACCACUGGAGGAUCAACAACAAGAAGUUCGGACUGACUUUCCAGAGCCCCGCUGACGCCCGCGCCUUCGACCGGGGCGUCCGUCGGGCCGUAGAGGACAUCAACCAAGGUGGUCGGCCGUUUGGAGAAGGAGAUGUUUCUGAGGACGGACUACAGGCGUGUGAUGAGCCGCCCUCCAUCUGCACCCCGAUGAGAGAGCCCUUCUCUCCGCUGAACCACAUCGUCUCCACCGAGCCGUUCAGGGGCUGCUACGUCCGCGCCCAACCCUUCGACGAGUUCACGUCCAGCAACCGCCGCUACCUGCCUCCACAGUCGACUCGUCAUGUCAGUUUCCACAUGGACGAAGAGGAGAUCGUCCGCAUCAACCCGCGCAAAGACGUGCUCAUCCGAGGCUACGAGGACUACCGCCACCCGGUCAUGUGGAAGCAGGAGGCCGACCGCGAGGACUCGGACUUCCCCUCCGCCUUCCACAAACUUGACAGUAAGAAGUGCGAGUACCUCUUCCCGGACGGGGACUCCCACUCUGGCCCUGGGAUUGGCAUUGGAACCAGUCUGGGUCUGGGUCUGGGCAAGGACACGGCCAUCAAGACGCAGCCCUCGCCGCUGCUCAAGUCCAAGAAGGGCCGGCGGCGGCGAGAGGACGGCGAGCGUUCGCGCUGCAUCUACUGCCGGGAGAUGUUCAACCACGAAGACAACCGGCGGGGGCGGUGCCAGGACGCCCCCGACCCCAUCAAGCAGUGCAUCUACAGAGUCAGCUGCAUGCUGUGCGCCGAGAGCAUGCUGUACCACUGCAUGUCCGACUCCGAGGGCGACUUCUCCGACCCCUGCUCGUGCGACGCGUCCGACGAGCAGCUGUGCCUGCGCUGGCUGGCCCUGGUGGCGCUCUCCUUCAUGGCGCCCUGCAUGUGCUGCUACCUGCCGCUGCGCGCCUGCCACCACUGUGGCGAGGCCUGCCGCUGCUGCGGGGGCAAGCACAAGGCGGCGGGGUGACCCUCGGCUAGCUCGCACAGGAAGUGGAUCAAAGCGGAAAAUUAAAAAGCCGGCAUCCUUUUUUCAUUCCCCUCUCGGACGGGAGGUCUGUGGUUGGUCUCCAGCUCUGAGGCUUUCGGAGGUUUCAGUUUGUGGUUGUCGCCGACGAGCAGCAGCGGAGGACCGACCGCGUGCUUUGUGGGAGCUCCGAGCAUCACGCUGCGCUCAGGAGCUUCAUCUGAGGAAGAGGAGGCAGCGGCAAGACUCAUCGACUUGGAGAUACUAAACACACACACACACACACACACAUUCAAAUGCAUUGACAAAGCCAGGCCACAGAUGUCAGAACUCUACGACAAGAAAUGUGUAACUUUAUGAAGGAAAUGUGUCUUUUGUACAGAGAGUGACAACUUGAUGACGAAGAAAGAAAACAAAACGAUUGUGCGUUGAGAAGAGCGCCUUGCUCAAAGGGACCUGGUCUUGCUCUGUGUGAGUUGACAGUUGGGGAACAGUGGCCUUCCUUCAUGGCUUCAGCAUUUGAUGAUAAUGUAAUUACUAGACAGAGAAAGUGCACUAGACAUGGUACCCCUGACCCCCUGACCCCGACUAAAGGUAGCCCUUCCUGUGCUACAUUAACCACCAUUUUAACAUUUUCAAAAUGUUUCUGCGGUGGAUGAUUGGCCAGUUCCUUGUUUUCCUUUCCAUGGAACGCUGAACGAAUCCAAAAGGUGACGGCUUGUUCCCGGAGACGGCUCGUCUCCCCGUUGACAUUCAUGGAGACGGGGAGACGGCUCGUCUCCCCGUUGACAUUCAUGGAGACGGGGAGACGAGCCGCUGCAGGUGAUCCAGAGCAUCUGAUCCAACAUGAAGGGAAGAAACGGGAACGCCUUCACCGAGUCGCCCUCUUGUCCCCAUGGAAACAGCAUCAGAACCUCUGGAACCGUUUCAACUUAAACUGACACAUGACAAUUUAAUUUACCCCAGUGAGUUUCAGUUUGACUCCAGUUAUUGCUGUCGUGAAAUUGGUGCUUUUGUUUCUUAUUUGUUAUUUUCCUGCUCAUUUUAUAAUUAUGUGUGGAACAGAAGCUGAAAUGUUGCUCAACCAGCAAGUUUUGUUUGGGUGAAGGUUUCGUGCUCCUCGGUGAAAUGAUGAGGCACUUAUUAAAUUAGGUCAUUGUUUUGCUGAGAAGCCUUCAGAUUUUAAAAUGAAUCUGUACAUAAAUUAUUCGAAUGUAAUAUUCAA